GGGAGCAAGGCUGGGGAAGGAGGAAGAGGAGGAGGGUCAGGGCGAGGGCCAGCCAGAGGGCCAGUUUACUUUCUAGCACAGUUUUGCCUGAAGAUUUAGGGGAGGUUGCGUGGAAGGAGACACAUCAAGGUUGCAAUAAGAAGCAGAUAUGUUGCCAGUGAGUGAAGUAGUCUUAUUGCAGAACAAAGUUGGAGAAGCCUUGGAAGAUGAAGAUGACAUGGCAUGCGGAGACUUAGGAAAUGGACUUGUUAAAAGGCAUAGUGGUAUAUGUGAACUUGAAGGCAUCAGUGCGCAUGCAGGUAGGCCUAGAAGAUGUUCAGUGAGGAAAAGCUUCAGCCCAUUAAUGGUGCCAAUGAAAGGAGAAGACUAUGAUGCUGCCGUUCUUCGUUGUUCAAGGUGUAACAGUUUGAGUGACAUGCCAGUCAAAAAAAUUGGAAUGAAUGAAUUUAGUACCUGCAGUCGACAAAACAGCUCUGAGUCUAACUCUGAAGCAUCAAAUGAAGAAUUAAGGCAACAACUUCAAGAAGUUCUAGAGGAAGUAGAAAUUUUAAGAGUUGAGUUGGAGGCAUCUCAAAGACAACUUGAAGGCAAAGAGCAAGCAUUAAAAAUUCUGCAAAGCAUGGCUAUGUUGGAUAAAGCCACUAGUCAUACUAAAGCAAUGUUUAAAAAAAACGAGGAGCAAAAGAGAGCUUUAGAAAAGGAAAUAAACAUUCUGCAGUGGGAAAUCAAAAUUAACCAGGAGAAAUUUAAAAAUAUAGAGGAGGCUUGGGCAGAAAAAUAUGACAGCAUAUAUUGUGAAAAUGCUGCACUUAAAGAAAUGCUUAAAUUGAAAACUGAAGAAAUUAAAACACUGACAUCUGAAAGGGAAAUUUUGGAUCAACAGCAUUUGGAGAUUCUUGCAAUGCUUGAUGUCAAACAGCAGAAGAUUGUUCAGGAGAAUAUGUCUCUUAGCAAGAGUGGUGUUACAGAGAUUACAGAACUUGAAAUGGCGGUACUUGGAGCCUGCACUUGUUGUGGUCCAGAGGGUGAGCCAUGCUCCUGCGCUAAAAUGUCAGCAGCAACGAGAAAAAAACUUCUUCAACUUAACAAAGAGUUUGAACUUCUGAAGAAGAGUAAAGAAGAAGCUUUUAUAAUGGCAGAUGCUUUCAGAAUUGCGUUUGAGCAGCAGCUGAUGCGGAGGAAGGAUCAGGCUUUGAGGCUUGCACAGAUGAGUAAGAUCUGCAGAAAAGAAACGAAAUCAUUAAACUGGAAACACAUCAAAGAGGAUGGUGCUUUCAGAUAUCAAGGGACUAGGAAGAGUUUAGGACAGAAACUGAAGGGCAUGCUUGCUUCUGGCACUGACAGUAAGAAACUGGAAGAACUGGAUAAUCCCCAAGAAAUCAUCAGAAUGUUAAUAGACUUGUUGAAUGAUAAAGAAGAAGCUUUGGCCCAUCAAAGGAAGGUUAGCUAUAUGCUGGCUCGUUCCUUGGAAGAGAAAGAAGAUGGUUCACAGAAUAAAGAAAAGAAAUUUUCAGAAGAAGAGCUUGCUCUUCAGAGCAGCCAAUGUGGAAAAGAUUCAGAACCUCAAGAGUUGGUUAUUCCUGUAUGUUCCUGUUGCCAAACACAUACUGUUCAAGAUGGCUGUUGCUCAGUUUCUAACACAUGUCCCAACAGAACUCUAGAUUGUGCAUCUCAGAAUUCAGAUCCCACAACAUCUGAAGAAAAUGUUAAUUUAGAAGAAACAGUCAAUGCAAAUUAAAGCUAUGGACUACUCUGUACGAAAGUGUAGCUCUUAGAGAAUAAAUUUGUAAAGAAUACAGUAUCUUAGCUCCUUAAAGUUUUAAGACUGUUUUUAAGCUCCAUGUGUCCUUCAGUGUGCAUAUGGAGCUCUUGUGAGUAGCUUUCUGUGUUAAGUUCCAAGUCAGGAACAGAACCACAAGCACAAUGCUAGAAGCGAAAAGCUGCCCAUUACCCAGAAGUCAGUAUGAAAACAUGUAGAACCUCUAGCUUGGACUAUAAUUCCGUCAUCAUAAUACAGGAGUUCUUUUUAAAUUAAAUUAUUAUUUAGCAUAUUUCACCACUCAGAUUAAAUGUACAGAAAAUAAUUGAAUUGUCUGUCCUGUACACUCAUUGCAUACGGGUUGUGUUCAAUGGUUCCCUUUCAAUAGUGCGAAGACUCAUCAGUUCAAAAAACAGCAGAUCAACUCCCAUGCCACCUAAUAAAGUCUUUUAAAAUGG